AUGGAAUGUUUUCGAAUGUAAGUUUUCUUGACAAAAUUCUUCCAAACCAAUAUUUCUGACUCCUCACAAAUUGCAUAAUUUCAAGUUCUUGAUGAUAAUUUAGUCAGAACCAUGAUUUCUGACCUUUUUUGGCUUCCUUGUUUUUAUUAUCAACAUCAUCGAGAUGAUUAUGAAUUGCGCAUAUAUCAAAUCAUUUUUUUCCAGCUUUUUUCGCAAAAUGUCAACCACUGCAACUGAAACCCCAAAACCUACCAUAGUUGAAGAACAACAAAAAGAACAACAAGAAAAAAAGGUUGUUGAAGGAUCGGAAAAAGAACAAGGUGGUGAAGGAGAGGAAACUGAAUGUGAAGUUGAUGUUCGUCAAGAAUUCAAGUAAGUUGUAAACACCUCCUAGGGUUUUGUGAUCGUUUUUUCUAUCAGAAAUUGAUUUAUAGAAAUUUCAGUUCAUUUUUUAAUUUUCAAAUUCAUUUCUCCUUCAAUUUUCAGAAGCUGCAUUGAUGAAACUCUCCAAACUGUUUGCCGUGUCGCUUCAAUGAAACGGAAAGUUCAAGCUGAAAAUAAAUAA